AUGUUCUCCGUGCUAGUCAAGAAAGUGACCGCCUUCAUCAAAGGCUCCCCUGAAGAAGAAAAGGAAAGCGACGUGAAGAAGAGCACUGCCCCUCGCUCUGAUGACACCAACGAGCCUUGGGAAGUCAUCCCCACCAUCAAGGAUGAUCCAUGGACCGUUGUCGUAAAGAGCCGCAGUGCCAUUUCGGAGUUCAAAGACAGCGGUGCCAACCGCCAGACCCCGUAUGAGCGUACCUACCAGUACGAAUUUGAUCGCCGGGUCGUGGAGGCUGACCGCCGCGCCAUUCGUGAGGCCAACAUGCGAGCAUCCAAGUAG